GUCACAUGUGAAAAUACAGCUCAUGUUAGUAAUAGGUAGAUUGGAGUUCUCUCCGUUAAGAAAAGUGAUCAUUCUACAUUUUAGAAUAUUCCCGAGUCGGGAGCUUUGUGGCCAGGGGGCAGCAACAAGUGAGACGAUUAACUGUCAUCCAUCGUUGCACACAGUUCAAGUAGAAGAAAUCUCAUUUGUUAAAUGGAGGCUCUUUUGAACUGCAAACCUGAAGAUUUGGAAGAUUAUUACGGUCUAUUGGGAUGCAAUGAAUUGUCAUCGACUAGCCAAAUUCUCAAUGAAUACAAAAUCAGAGCCUUGGCAUGUCACCCAGACAAACACCUAGACAACCCCAAAGCAGUGGCUGAAUUUCAAAAGCUGCAGGAAGCCAAAGAGGUUUUAUGCAAUGAUGCCAAAAGAACAAACUAUGAUUUUUGGAAAAGAAGCGGAGUUGCUAUCCCAUUCCAUGACUGGCAAGCUCUAAAUGACUCUGUUAAGACUUCAAUGCACUGGGCUGUGAGAAAAAAAGAAGAACCUAUGUUGGAGGCUGCCAAGGUAGAAACACAAAUGACAACUCAUGAAGAUGACCUUCAUCGUGAGCAGGAAGCACCAAAGAUGUGUGAAGCAAUGCUAUCAACUGAUUACUGCCAUCGCCGUUUCCGCUGGGCUGCUGAUUCACCAUCAAGUCUGCUGCAGAAGUUCAGAAACUAUGAAAUUUGAAUAUUUCACGUGCUUUUGAUAUUGUGUUCAUGAGUGGUCUGGCUGUAAUGUAAUUUGAUGUGUAAAGUGGAAAUGUUAGGUGUGGAAUCUUACCAGAUGUUAUGAAUAAUGUUGACUGUUUUGCUGUGAUUUUGUGGUCUUUUAAAAUGAAUUCACUUCCGUCGGCAUCAUCAUCAAAAUGUGGGGACCCGUUUCUUGUCCUAUUUAGUUUUUGCUGUAAAUGACUCGAUGUAUGAUGAAUAAAGCCGUUGA